AUGCCCCCCAAGAAGAAGAACGCCAAACCCCAAAAGUCGGCCAUCGACAAGGACUUCCGUCUACAGGCAGUUAUUCUCGCAGAUUCCUAUCAGGCUCGUUUCCAACCCCUCACCAAGGACUAUCCUCGAUGCCUGCUUCCUCUAGCCAACACUCCUCUGUUGGAAUACACCUUUGAGUUCCUGGCCAAGGCGGGUGUCUGUGAGGUUUUCCUCAUGUGCUGUUCGCAUGCUGACAAGAUUGAGGAGUACAUCAAGACAUCCAAGUGGUCUGACUCGCAUUCGCCAUUUGAGAUCCACACCAAGAAGCUGACCGAAAGUAUGUCUGUUGGAGAUGCCAUGCGAGAUCUCGAUGGAACCGGCUCCAUCACCUCCGACUUUCUGCUUGUCUCUGGUGACGUAGUCUCCAACAUCGAUUUCACUCCUGUUCUGGAGCAGCAUCUCCAGCGAAAGCAGGAUGACAAGAACGCAAUGAUGACCAUGGUUCUGCGACAGGCCGAUGCCUUCCACCGAACCCGUUCCCGAAUUGAACCAGGUCUGUUUGUGCUAAAUGACAAGACCUCUGAGUGUCUGCGAUACGAGGAGCUUUCUCUCAACAACCCCACUGGGUCCAUUGAUCUGGACGGAGAGCUGCUCAAUGACGAUGCCACUCUGUCUAUUCGAAAUGAUCUCAUUGAUUGCCACAUUGAUCUGUGUUCCAUCGACGUGCUGGCCCAGUUCACCGAGAACUUCGACUACUCUACCCUGCGAUCCGACUUUGUCAAGAACAUCCUGACCUCAGAGAUUCUCGGUAAGAAGAUCUACGCCCACAUUGUCACCGAUGCUUACGCUGCUCGAGUGAGAUCACUGCAGACCUACUCUGCUGUCACAAAGGAUAUCGUGUCACGGUACUCUUACCCUGUCGUUCCUGACUCUAACCUCAUGGAUGACCAGACAUUCAGCUACCAAAUGGGCCACAUUUAUAAGGAGAAGGGUGUUGUGUUGGCUCAGUCGUGUGUCAUCGGAUCGAGAUCAUUGGUGGGAAGAGGAACCAGCGUGGGAGAGCGAUCGAUGGUUAAGGAUACUGUUAUUGGACGUGACUGUAAGAUUUCCACUAAUGUGAACUUGGUGGACUCCUUCAUUUGGAGCAAUGUUAUCAUUGAGGACGAUGUUACUGUCAACGGUGGUCUUGUUGCGGAUGGAGCCAUUCUGAAGAAGGGCUGCAGCGUUGGACCUGGCUCUAUUAUUGGUCAUGGCGUCACUGUGGAGGAAGGACAGAAAAUCGAGGGCACGUAUCUCGUUCUGGACGCUGGCGAGAGUAUUCCAUUCGACGCUAUUGACGACGAUGACAGCGAUUUCGACACGGACGACGAGUUCAACGCUAACGUCGGCUCUCUGGUUUACAAUCUCAAGGAGUUGAACCUUUCUGACACCUCCAUCAACGACCACUGCUACGAGGAUGACGAAAACAUCCGAGCGGUGGCUCCCAAAAAGAAGACGCGACGGCGACUCUCUUCCACAGUUUCUAACGUUUCAGAUAACCACGAGGACGAGUUCCAGAAGGAGGCUAUCGCUUCUCUUGACCGAGCUUUCCAGGACAACCACGAGAUUGAUAUCGCUGCUCUGGAACUUGGUACUCUUCGAAUGUCUUCCAACGUGCCCUAUGAGGAGGUUCGAGCUGCAUCUGUCAAGGCCAUUAACGGCUACAUCACUCGAGUUCUCAAUAUGGGUGUCACCGACGACCACAAGGUGCCCACCCAGAAGGUGUGGGGCAAGUGGGCCGAGCUGUUUGAGAAGCAGGUGUUUGAACCUGCCGACCAGAUCGAUUUGCUCAACAUUUUGCUCAAAGACUGUUCUCGUCGUCCUGUUGGCAACUACAUUCUAUUUGCUGCAGUGCAGAGUCUGUAUGACGCUGAUGUUCUCGACGAGCAUGUCAUUGUGCGAUGGUGGCACCAGCAGCCCGAGGAUGUGUCUCCUGAGAUUGCCAGUGUGCGAACUCUGCUUGGUAAGUGGGUUACGUGGUUGGAGGAGGCCGAGUCCGAGUCUGAGGAGGAGGAUGAGUCCGAUUAG